AUGGCUUCCUCGGAGCGGCACCCCGUGACCUCCCAACACCAGGACUCAUGUCGUCGCACCGUCCAUCUCCUGAGGAAGAUGCGCUCAGAUGUCAGCAGCCUCUUGGAAUCCUAUGCUAAGAAGCAAGGCCUGGACCAAACCUUCAACCUUGAUUCGGUCGAUGGGGUACCUCUAGCUGAUGUUGAAGAAUGGAGUGAGAUUUCAGAUGCUGAGCGUCUGAGAAGCAACCUACAAGCCUAUUGGGCAUUUCAGAUUUUAUUGGAUCAAAUCUUGGAAGAGCAGAGGACCGAGUUAACCCCAGCGGAUGUAGCUUUCCAUGAAUCUAUCCAAUCAGUUAUGCUGCAAGUUUCUGCUUUAGCUUACCAACUGGAAGAAUUGAUGGUAACACUGAAGCACAAUGUGCCAGCCAAAGAAGUAAAAAGUACAAAGGACUGUGAUGAAAAAGGUUUGUUUGAACGGAAGAUAAGGGGCAUGAAGGUGCUACAGGAACUUGCCCAAUGGACUGUCAGGUCAGUCCGAGACCUACACCAAAUCUCUAAAUCUGUUCAGGCAUCAUCCAUUGCACUUGAGAAUUACUGCCUGGCUCAGCCCCAGGAAAAAUGAGGCCUUGGAUUCUUAAGCUUCUUUAAAACAGUGUCUCUCCCUCAGCUGUGGGAUUUAGAUUGAAGCAGUA